UGUGAUUGAUUUUUGUGUGUUGGUCUUGUAUCCUGUAACCUUGCUGCACUCAUUAGUUCUAGUUUUGGUGUUUGGGGAUUUGUUUAUCUAGUAGAUUCCUUGGGACUUUCUAUGAAGACAACCAUGUCAUCUCCAAAUAGGGAUGGUUUUAUUUCUUCCUUUGCAAUCUGUAUGCCUUUAAUUUAUUUUUUUUCUUGCCUUACUGCAGUGGCUAGAACUUCUAGUACUAUGUUGAUUAAGAACAGUGUGACAGCACACAUCCUUGCCUUGUUCCUGAACUUAAGAGAGAAAGCAUUCAGUCUUUUGCUGUUAAGCAUGACACAGCUGAGGGUGUUUAACCACCAUGUCUUACAAAAUUAGUUCUGUCUUCUUUUCCUCCCCCCACAUUUUUUAAGGCAAAGAUUAAGACUUGGGGAUUGGCAGGACUUCCCUGGUGACCCAUUGGUUAAGACUCCAUGCUCCCAAUAUAGGGGGCAUGGGCUUGACCCCUGGUUGGGGAACUAAGAUCCCUCAUGCCACGUGGCGUGACCAAAAAAAAAAAGGACUUGGGUAUUGGCCUGAGAUGACAGAGCAAAAAGAAAGCAUAAAGGAAAUUUAAGUACUUCCUCCUCCAGGCUAGGCUUGCAAGAGUGACAGAACCAAGUUCCUUUGGUGGGGGUGGGACUUCACAGCCUUAAUCAGCGCUGGGGAGCUAAUCUCUUUAUCAGAGCCCUUGCACUCUGCAGUGAGCUAAGGGCCCCCUGCACCUGGGGCAGUCAUUGCCCGUAACACAGGAGAGGCUCACGGAAUGGGGUGCCUGUCCCCUCUCUGGUUACCCUGCUCUUCCAGGAAGCUCUCGGCUGCCAGCCUCGCUGCCUGCCAACCUGAGUUGGCGAUUGGAGAGUCUCAGAUACCCAGAUCCAGGGUGACAGGAGUGGCCAGGGCCAGAUUUAGAUUUGUAUGUGCUUUUGACAGUGACUCCCCAAAGAAGAGAAUGGGCUAUGAAGAGAGGAAGCACAGUCAAGAGUUCCAUGGCUGGGUAAAACUGAUAGCGACACAGUGCAUCUACAGUACAUAUAUUCCACAGAACAAAAAUUUUAUUAGGGGAAAGAGAUGGGAAAUUUAGUACAAACUUUAGAAAGAAAAGCAAGCAAUCACUCCCUCAUCCACUGCCCUCCACCCCGCCCCCCGCCUUUGGGGUCAUCUCCCCCUGGGGUCCUGCAGCCUCCAUUCCCCUCUCCCUGGCACGUCGCCCCGCCCACCCCACCCCACCCCCACCUGGCAGCGCUCCCCUCGUGCCCCACCCCCGGGCUGGCCGAGACCACACCUGCGCAGGUUAAACCAGCAGGGACGCGCUGCCGUGGGUGGCGGGUGAAGGUGAGCGGAUGUGAGCGGUGGGAUGGGAGGACGAGGCAAGGAUGAGACAACGGGCCCCUGCUAAUGGCCGGUCGGCGGCCCUGGCGGGAAGGAGGGAUGCGGCCGGAGGGGGGCGCCCCGGCAACCCUCGAGCGAGCCACCCCCUGGCUCCUCGGGGUCCUAGUCCCACGGUUCCAUCUCGCCGGUCCAUACCAACGCGCGAGGCGCCGGGGGGAGGCCGGGAGCGGGCCGUUCCACUCGGGGAGGGGCGGCAGGCGGCGCUGGCGGCGGCCCCGGGACCCGCGGAAGCCGGCAUGCUGGAGAAAUUCGAGUUGGAAGAAGAGGCAGAAGACUCAGAAAGUGGUGUUUACAUGCGAUUCAUGAGGUCACACAAGUGUUACGACAUCGUUCCCACCAGCUCCAAGCUUGUGGUCUUUGAUACCACGUUACAAGUUAAAAAGGCCUUCUUUGCCCUAGUAGCCAACGGUGUCCGAGCAGCGCCUCUGUGGGAGAGUAAAAGACAAAGUUUUGUAGGAAUGCUAACAAUUACAGAUUUCAUUAAUAUACUUCAUAGAUACUAUAAAUCACCCAUGGUACAGAUUUAUGAAUUAGAGGAACAUAAGAUUGAAACAUGGAGGGAGCUUUAUUUACAAGAAACAUUUAAGCCUUUAGUGAAUAUAUCUCCAGAUGCAAGCCUCUUCGAUGCUGUACACUCGUUGAUCAAAAAUAAAAUCCACAGAUUGCCAGUUAUUGACCCUAUCAGUGGGAAUGCACUUUAUAUACUUACCCACAAAAGAAUCCUCAAGUUCCUCCAGCUUUUUAUGUCUGAUAUGCCAAAGCCUGCUUUCAUGAAGCAGAACCUGGGUGCGCUUGGAAUCGGGACCUACCACAACAUCGCCUUCAUACACCCAGACACUCCCAUCAUUAAAGCCUUGAACGUCUUCGUGGAAAGACGAGUGUCAGCCUUGCCUGUUGUGGACGAGUCAGGAAAAGUUGUAGAUAUUUAUUCCAAAUUUGAUGUAAUUAACCUUGCUGCUGAAAAAACAUACAACAACCUAGACAUCACAGUGACCCAGGCCCUGCAGCACCGGUCACAGUAUUUCGAAGGCGUAGUGAAGUGCAGUAAGCUGGAAGUACUGGAGACCAUCGUGGACAGAAUAGUGAGAGCCGAGGUCCAUCGGCUGGUGGUAGUAAACGAAACAGACAGUAUCGUGGGUAUUAUUUCCCUGUCGGAUAUUCUGCAAGCCCUGAUACUCACCCCUGCAGGACUACUAACGGGAAAUCUGGAGGGAAAUUCUUUGGGAUCUAAGUAUUGAGACCGUCUACCCUUCAAAAAAAAAAAAGAAAAGCUUACUAGUAGUGCCAAGCAGAAGGAGACAGAAACCGAAUGACAGCCGUGAGUGGAGGAGCCCUUGCAGAACUUGAACAACGAUGCUGGGUCACGCUUUGCCUCAUGAACACUGACCGCAAUAGAACAGAGUCCAAUGGCUGAGAAUGUGUAUCAGGGUUUAGUGAUGGGUGUUUUUUCCAGUGAUGCUGAAAACUAAGCAUAAAAAAGAUUUUGUGUUUGAAGAUGCGAGCUUGCAUUAAAAGACUGUUUUCAGACCGUUGUCCGAAAGAUUUCAAAUGCUGUAUGUCAUUAAAGUGCACUGUGUCCUGAAUUUCUAUUAUUUUUCAUUUUAAAGAAUUCACUGGUAUCUAACAGGUAAUAUGACAUAAGGCGAGUGUGUGGCAUAUUGAGAUCUAGUGCCUUAUGUCAGAACAGCGAUAUGUCAUCACUACUGCCCACCGCAGCUGGAGCGCGUCCUUGUGAACUGACACUGCUGGAGUGUGAACGUCUGAACCUUUACCAAAUCAGUUUGUUUUCAUUAGAUUUGUUGAAUAGCUGUAAUUUGAAUAUAAAUAAUUACUUUAUAAAACUUUAA